UGAGCAGGCAGUGAGUCAGUGCUCACGUGCCGUUAAACUUCGGAGGAAGCCGUUUUGCACUCUCAUUCAAUUAACGUUUCGUUCUAACACCAUCCAACAAAUCUGUUGUAAUUGAUGACCAACAGUAGGAAACAUUAUAAACAACAAUGACGAAUGUAUUACAUGUUUAUUACUUUCGAAAAAUCCAGUGUUUUGUUCAUUAAUUAAAGGCCACUUGAGACCAUGGCUUUGCUUGCUAAGGCAAAGGCAACAUCGUCAACUCUUCUGCAAACUUGUAAGAUUGAUUGGCAUUUUUUCAUGGAUGUCCUCUCCAACUAGUCAACAAAAGAUCAAAAUGGAGAACAUUGAUGAAGAACAAGGGAGCCAACUCCCAGUGCCGCCUCCCACCAUGGACCGGCUGCCGGGCAGCGCGGACGCCCGCGGCACGGACUACGAGUUCAAGAUGGCGGCCCUGCUGGCUCUGCGCCUGCGCAGACGCGGCGCGCGCUUUCAGAUGUUCUCGAACGCGGGCGCCGCGCUGCCUUUCGACGACCUGGUGGUGCGCGUGCUGGCCCCCGCGCCGGCGCUGCUGGCCAUCCAGCUUAAGCACAAGCACUCGGGCAAGCAGCUCACCUCGCAGGCAUUCACGAGCAGCAGCGGCGAUUUCGCGCUCCACAAGUACUUCAAGCUGUACAAGGAGAUGCAUGGCUGGCACGACCCGCAGCGGCAGGCGCCGCUCACCGCCGACCAGCAGCUGCUGUGCGCGACGCCGUUGCAGGACGUGUGGUUCGUCAUCUACACGCCGGCGGCGCUGCGCGGCGCGGCCAAGCGCCCCGCCCCCGCCGCCCAGAUGCCCUUCGAGGACGUGCUGCACACCGACGCCCGCGGGCGCAGCGUGUGGGGGUGCAUGUCGCAGGAGGCGGCGGAGGUGCAGGAGCUGUUCCAGAGGGGCUUCCUGCCGCGCCUGCGCCUGCUGUGCCACCAGGCCACCGUGGAGCAGCUGGAUGCGCUGCUGGAGGAGGAGGUGAACGCCGCCUUCGGGCAGCCGCUGCCGCGCGCCGACUGGCUCACGGAGCAGCUGCUGCGCCGCUUCAAGGCGUGGGCGCAGGACAACCCGGCGGGCGCGGCGGUGGCCGACGUGACCGCGCUGCUCGGGGAGGUGGUGGGGGAGGACCUGCGGCGCGCGGGG